AUGGCGGCCUCGCGAUCUACUUCAUCCGAAUCAAACCAUGUCUAUUUGAACGGCCGAACUCUGGAAGGAGGUGGGCAGUUGGUUCGCAUUGCCAUCGGGUUGUCUGCAUUGACUGGUCGUCCAGUUAGCAUCGAUCAUGUUCGCGGGAACAGACAGGGAAAGAAGGGACUUAAGAGAUCUCAUGCUGCAGCAGUGACGCUGAUCGCCGACAUUAGCGGCAGCAAAGUGUCUGGAGGCGAGGUUGGCUCCCAGUCCUUGAACUUCUGUCCGCAGUCCGCCAGAUCGAAAAACGGUCCGCUCCUGGACAUGUCGCAAGUCACUGUAAAGUCCGAAUACGACAUCAAGCUCACGACUGCCGGUGCCAUCUUUCUCGUCUUCCAGGCCCUCUACCCGUAUCUGCUUCAUGUUGGAUCGCGGGCGCCUGCCCCCUUUGUGAAGGUGAACAUAAUCGGUGGAACCAACGCUACAUAUUCUCCAUCAUAUGACUAUGGAGCGCAAGUUAUCGUGCCCAAUUUCGCUAAACUUGGACUUCCUCCUCUCUCCAUUAUCCUUCAUAAGCGCGGCUGGACAACGGGGCCGGUUGACCUUGGAGCAGUCACCUUUCUCAUACAUACCCUUAGAUCUCGGCAUAGUCCAGAGGGCGAAAAUCAACCCGAGGAGUCAUCAGAUAAGGACAGGGCAGCCGAGCCUCUAUGCAGCUUCCCACGUAUUAAUUUGAUGGAUCACGAGCGUGGGAAAGUUACGCAAAUUGAUAUCACAGUGCUAGCACCUGAUCAACCCACCUUAAACGCCGAUGCAGAAGAGGGUGGGGGGAGUACCGUUCGCCAGUCUAUCGAACAAUUUACUCAACGCACUGUCCGUCGUGAAACGAGGAAGCUGGAUCCGUCUAUAUUUGCCUCGCCUCCAUCUGAGCAGGAUCCUCUCAAGACAUCAUCGUCCAAAAGUACACCAGUUCCUAUCAGAAUCCACACAUCGGAAGCUACGAAUCACCACAGCCAUGUGUACAUCCUUCUUGUGGCGCAUACCUCCUCAGGGUUCAGAAUAGGCCACGAUAUUCUCGGCGGCAUGGGAGGCGCUUGCCCGCCUAAGCCUAAGAACAAAGGGAAGCGAAACCGCCAGCAAGCCCAUGACCCUCAGCAUGAUUCUCGAAACGAGAUAGCAUUUUCUGCGGCUGCAGAUCUAGUCCGCCGAUGCGUGGAAGGAUUCAUCGGGGAAAUCUCAAACGAGAGUCCAAAUGCCAACCCAGACCAGAAAUCUGCUUCCACCAAGAGGGCUUGUCUAGAUAGUUAUAUGAGAGACCAGGUUGUUGUCUUCGAGGCACUUGGAAAGGCCUGUCACGCGGGUGUGCAUCGCACCGAAGCAAUGGAGACGGAAACUCUGGAAGACGAGGGAGAUUGGACACUCCAUACAAAGACCGCACAAUGGGUGUGCCGGCAGAUGCUGAAUGUCUAG